GAGGCGCCCCGGAACUGGAGGAGGAUACGGGUGGUCUGACCUGUAGUAGAUGCACAAAUGAAGAUGCCAGAUGCACGUCCGCUAUGUCUGCUGCUUUUUGCGUCAGUUUUGCGCCCCGGGACAGCGGCAGAGGUCUCCGUGUGGAACGUGAUCAACUCGACACAAGAUGCCGUGUUUCGGAAAACGCUGUACGCCAACACCACCAUCUUCAUGAAGUUCCAGGGUGACCCGGCGUCAUGUGAGAGGAACCUGGCGUUCAACAUCAGCUGGUACCUGCGCUCCUCUGUUUGCUAUAACGAAGUCUUUAACACACCGGACAGCAAAGCAAAGAACAUGUUAGGAAUGGACCACAUGCUGAAGGACGGCUGGAGCGGCUUCUACAGUCAGGGCUACAUGUACUUCGAGAACUGCUCCUCCCUCUUCUUACCCAAGGUUUAUUAUACCGACUUCAACCCAUAUCAGCCCCUCACCAGCCCAAAGAGCGAGCCGUCAAACCAGAGCCUCAUUUGGCCCGACAAGCCGGAUAUCAGUGCAGUGGCCAAAGCUUGGGAGGACAGUCCCUAUCUGUUCAUAGUCAAAGUGCAGCCUUUGUACCGUGGAGUGGAGGAUGAAGACUUCGGAGCGGAGCAGCUCAACUUCGCUUUCACAAUGAAAGUAGAGAUGAAGGGGCCACAUGACUACUCCUCUCCGGCUGACUGGCCUCACAUGAUGUUCUUCAUGGUCAUGUGCAUCGUGUACGUGCUGUUCGGCGCUCUCUGGCUCUUCUGGUGCGCCUGCUACUGGAGGGAUCUGCUGCGGAUUCAGUUCUGGAUCGGCGCUGUCAUCAUCCUGGGCAUGCUGGAGAAAGCUGUGUUUUACUCAGAGUACCAGAGCAUCCGGUACAAAGGAGACUACGUUCAAGGCGCUGUGAUUUUUGCUGAGCUGCUCUCUGCACUCAAAAGAUCUUUAGCCCGAAUCCUGGUGCUCAUCGUCAGCCUCGGAUAUGGCAUCGUCAAACCCAGGCUGGGUACCACAGUGCACCGACUGGUAGCUGUUGGGCUUCUCUACCUGCUUUUCUCCUCUGUGGAGGGUGUGCUGAGGGUGACGGGUGGUUUCUAUGGUACGGUCGCCCUGGUGGCUAAUCUCAGCCUCUCCCUCAUCGACUCCUGUGUCAUGUGGUGGAUUUUCAUCAGUCUGUCUCAAACCACUCGUCUGUUGAAGCUGCGCAGAAACGUGGUGAAGCUGUCUCUGUAUCAGCACUUCACCAACACUCUCAUCUUCUCUGUCGUGGCUUCCAUCAUCUUCAUCAUCUGGACCACCAAAGUCUUCCAGCUGGUCGACUGCCAGACGGGUUGGAGGGACUUAUGGGUGGACGACGCUUUCUGGCGUCUCCUGUUCUCCACCAUCCUGCUGGUCAUCAUGGUGCUGCUGCGGCCCUCUGCCAACAGCCAGAGGUUCUCCCAUUCCCCUCUGAUUGAUGACGAUGAUGAAGAGGAGGAGGCCAAGGAGCCCAUGCUGAAUGAAGCUUUUGAGGGAAUGAAGAUGAGAGGUUCAAAGCCUGACGCUAACGGCUCCCAGAAACUGUUGAGUAAAGAGGAUGAAGACCUAAAAUGGGUCGAGGAGAACAUUCCUACAACUGUCGCUGAUGUAGCUCUGCCUGUCAUGCUCGAUGAAGAAGAGGAAAUCCUGAAAACCAAGAUGGAGAGAUCCAAAAUGGAGUAGAAAAUAAAUGGGAGGACGAAAAGAAAGCAAUAUCACUGAGGCAGCGAUGAAUGCGUUCUGAGUGAUGUGAUUACCAAAAAAAAAAAAAAAAAAUGUGGGCAAAGGCAACUGUUCUCUCCAGACACUUUAAUUAUUUAAUUCUAUCUCACAGAUAUUCUGUAAUACCUUAAUAAGCUCAAAGAAGCAUGAUAGUGUGUUAUAUUCAGGCGGUAUUGUGCGACUCUUGAGUUGGAUGAUAUCUGGACCGGCAGAGCAUUUUGAUAAAUAUUUUAUUUGUUUCAAAGACGUUUCUUCUCGGCUGAAAUCAAGCAGAAAACUGGGCAUUUUACACAAUGCUCUUAUGAAAAAUGGAAUAUUUAUCACAAUCCUACCCUGUGGUUUUAGAUUAAUAACAGUAUUUAAUGGGUCAUGUGGUUUCUUAAGGGUUAGAGAACCGGGGUGAGGAUGAAAUAAGUUUCCCCCCACCCGCUUCACUCCAGCAACUCCAUGGGUCAGAUUUGUAGGAAUGUGAGCACUGAUUUGAUUUUGAUCUGUUCAGGUACAAAUCGUGAUUCUUGGCGCUCGUCUCAGCCAAGAUGUCAGAUAUUGUUAUGCACGGAGGGGAAAACGCAUACUGAAAACACCAAGUCAUCGUGCACAGUAAGAGAUUAUAUUUUUUUGCCGGCACAGCGUCCUGACACUUGAGAUGUGAGAGACGUGCUGCGCUAGGAAACUAAAUGUAAAAAGAAAAUUGCUGUUUUCAGCAUGUGUUUUAUUGUGUCACAUAUUUAAUAGGUGAAAUUAUGACGUACAUUUAAUAUUCCAAUAAGCAAGCAACUGAAUGAUACGAUUAAUCAUUUAGCCAGAUGAUUAUUUUUAAUGUUUUUAUCCAGCCAUUGAACAUUUCCUGAACCAAUAAAUGAUAAACGUGUGUCUUAUUGUUAACUCAUAACUAACACUUUGUUUUCUGGCUAACUGAGUAAUCUUGAACGUAGAAAUUCAGUAUAUCUGUCAGUGUUACUGUAUGUGAACACGGCUGCAUCAGCGAAUAUCGACACCUGAAGCGGAUCCCAGGUGUCGGAGGGGAAAACGUGCUACUUCUGUGUUUUAGGUGUAAACUGGGAACACACCGUCUUCUGGGCUGGGGGAAUGUAAUGAUCUCUUCUCUGAGAUGUCAUUGUUACUCUGUAGUGUUGGUUAUUUUUAAGCUUUUACUGACAAAUGAAAGACCGCAUAGUCCUCAGUGGGGAAAAAUGUAUGACCCUAAUACAUUUUCUUCCAGACGUGUUUUCAAGAAUAAGUAGUCAUAAGUCUACAUUUUAAGGUAUGUUUAUUUUAAUCUCUAUAAAAAGUAAAAUUUUGUAGCUUCUCACUUGACAGCAGUGAUUUUAGGUCCACUUAAUAUCAGCAAAGUGAAACCUUUUUCAGUUACUUAGUCACAGAAUCCAUUGAUAAGCCUUGUGGACGUGGUGUUGGCCUAAAUUCAAAUAUACAUGUGACUGAGAAUAUGUAUGUAAUCUUUUCUCACUCGCCCUCCACUGACUAGGCCAAUUGUAUUUAGGUCUUCACUCAAAUUCAGUAGAACAGGGUAGUUUUUUAAAAAAUUGCUGUACAUGAUAAAUUCAUAUCUUUCAUUUCACCACAAGUACAGAUUUCUUUUGAGCCUCUCCCAUUCACACCACGAAUAAUCUUCUGCCUUAAAUGGCAGAAUCACAGUAUAUCCCGUCCUUGUGCAAUCUACUGCAAUAUAUGUGGAUAUUCUAAAUUCCUUAAUUUAUGUUUUUUUUAUAUAUAUAUAUUUGUCCAAGUCUUGUUGAGGAUAUUUUAUUUCAGAGAGACACUAAAGCCCAAUUUCUGGAUGUGAGUUUGCAAUGUAAUGUGAAGCUGACGAUAUUGUAUGGCUUUUUGCGUAUGUCUUGCUAAUAAAAUUUAUAUUGAAAUAUC